AUCCCCUCUCCCUCUCCCACUCCCACCAACCCAAACCCCAGCCGCAACCGCCGCCCCGCCACCGCCCGCGCCGGGGAGCCGCCGCCAUGGCGUUCCACUACCCGGACCACGGCCUCGCCAUGGACCCGUCUUCCGCCGCCGCGUCCUCGCCCAACCCUAGCUUCUCCCCCGGCGGCGGCGGCGGCGGGGAGAGGGAGAAGGCGGCCGUCGCGGCGCACCCGCUGUACGAGCGCCUGCUGGAGGCGCACGUCGCCUGCCUCCGCGUCGCCACCCCGGUCGACCAGCUCCCGCGCAUCGACGCGCAGAUCGCUGCGAGGCCGCCUCCCCUCGCCGCCGCCUCCGCCGCCGCGGCCGCUGGCGGGCCCUCCGGUGGGGAGGAGCUCGACCUCUUCAUGACGCAUUACGUGUUGCUUCUUUGCUCAUUCAAGGAACAGCUUCAGCAGCAUGUGCGUGUUCAUGCAAUGGAAGCAGUGAUGGGGUGCUGGGAGCUUGAACAGUCUUUGCAAAGUCUAACAGGGGCAUCUCCUGGUGAAGGCACUGGAGCGACUAUGUCUGAUGAUGAAGAUAACCAAGUGGAUAGUGAAGCUAACAUGUUUGAUGGAAAUGAUGGGUCAGAUGGCAUGGGCUUUGGUCCCCUAAUGCUGACAGAAGGUGAAAGAUCCUUGGUUGAGCGUGUACGUCAUGAGCUGAAGAAUGAGCUUAAGCAGGGGUACAAAGAAAAGCUUGUUGAUAUUAGAGAAGAGAUUCUUCGCAAGCGGAGAGCUGGUAAACUUCCUGGUGAUACUGCAUCUAUACUGAAAGCUUGGUGGCAAGCUCAUUCUAAGUGGCCAUACCCAACUGAGGACGACAAGGCUCGCCUAGUGCAGGAAACAGGGUUACAACUGAAGCAGAUCAAUAACUGGUUCAUUAACCAGCGCAAACGAAACUGGCACAGCAACCCAGCAUCCUCUGGCGAAAAGACCAAGAAGAAAAGAAACGUUACAGGUGAUAGUGGUGCCGAGCAAUCAUGGUAGAUUGGUUCAACACGAUUACAUGAAACUAGAUGUAAACAGUACGUGAUUGUGAAGAGUGUAGUACAUUCUCUCGUGCUCUGAUGUGACAAGAUCUGGAGACCGGCCCAUUCACAAGGGAAUUGAGAUCAUAGGCGUAAUCACUGGGCAAACAAGUCAUCUGAAAUUGUAGCAUAAGCGCACAAAAACCAUAAGGUGGGUGGUAUUGACUUUCGCAGUAUAGCAUCGAGUGUCUGCUAAUGUGAUUUUGUGGAGUGUGUUGUAUAACCGAUGAACGGAGAAGGAAGCCUUGUAUGCCGUAUGUAAUUGUGUGUCUUAUUUAUCAUGUAAUAUAUUAUUUUAGGAGCUUUAAGAUUCGGAUUGGACGUCCACUGUUUUGAUUUACGGUGCAGUGUUUUGGAUGUUGUAACAUGUGUUGGUAAUUCACUCUACAAAAUGGUCCCCCUAAGGCAAAGUAUUGUUGUAUGUGUA